UUUCUUUUAAUGGGCUUCUCUCUCUCUUGUCUUGCUGACUCCGCCUCCAGCCUUCUUCCGCUUUGGCAGCAUCGACUGGAUGCUGUUUUGUUGAAUGAAGCCUGAAGUGUCUUUGUGCACGUCGUUAUUUGGAACAGAAGAAGCGUUCACUUCAUUACAGGCUGAUGAGGUAGAAUGAAGAUGCCUUGUGGAAGCCACCUGAACAGCGAGGAUGAGGCCUAAACGAGGAGAAAGCGGCCACACAGUGAUUGUGACAGAGAGGCAGGUUGCUUUUUCCCCUUUGUCCCCUUUAUCAGAGCAUAUGCCAUGAACAGCACGACUCAGCCCCCCGCCACCGUGGAUGGGGAUGCAGCAGUCACCUACGUGUUGGUGCCAUUUGUUCUCAUCACUGUUAUUGGAAUAGCUGCAGCCAUGGUCAUGUAUAUACGGAGGAAAAGGAGAAUUGACAGACUCCGUCAUCAGCUGUUGCCAGUUUACAGCUACGAUCCCUCAGAGGAGCUCAUUGAAGCCGAACAAGAAAUGUUGUGGAGAGAAGAGGACACGAGGGUUGUGCAAAUGUGGGCCAGAAAUGAUCAACAGCGACACCCUCUUCUGACAAAAGAUGUAAAUGCAUGAUAUUAUAUAUUUGCAGCGUGGAGGCAACAGUCGGUCACAUUUUACUGUUAUGUUUAUGCAGCUGUUUACCGUAAUUUUCCAUUUCAUCUGCAAAACUCAGCAGUUUAGGUUUUUUUUUUUUUUCCCUUUUUCUACACAGUGACUGUUGUGAGAUUGCAAUGCCAACACUGUGUGUCUAACAACGCAGUACCUUUAAAUCUAUUUAUUUGAAAAGUAUUCACUGAAGAUUUUCUUCUGUGACAUGACUGCAGGUAUAGGUGGAAGAUAAGUGGUCCUUGUAAGUUUAUAUGCAUCAUACGAGACAUGCGGUCGUUAUUGUGGUUACGUCUUGACUGCAUGGCAUCAUAAAAAUCUACAGUUGGCACCGUUAUUCUGAUAUUUUGAAAACAUCUGGGUCAGUCAUGUCAUUUGGCAGCAUAAAAUAGCCAUCAUGCACUGUUUCUCUUAGAAUUUUUUUAAGGCCUGGUGGUAAAAAAAAA